AUGGCUAAUGUUACUGAAAACACUCUUGAUGCUCUGAACACCAUCUUUGUCCUGAGCAGCAUGGAUCUGUCUCAUGAAAUUGCCUAUGCAACAAUUAUUAUUGCUCUUCCUGCUUAUAUAUUCUCAGUGGUGUGUAAUUUGCUAAUAAUCAUAACAGUUGUAUCAAACAGGACCUUACAUGAGCCAAUGUAUAUACUACUAUGCAAUCUCUCAUUCAGUGACAUUGUUGGCAUAAGCGCUCUGGUUCCAAGGUCUAUUUUUGACGUUAUGUUUGACUACGGCCUCAUCACUUUCCCAGCCUGCUUCCUUCAAGCCUGGUGCUUGCACACUUAUGGUGGAGCUACUUUACUUAUCCUAUCUGUCAUGGCAUUUGAUCGCUAUGUUGCCAUUUGUCACCCUUUAAGGUAUCACACAAUCAUGUCCAAAGCUACUCUAAUACAUCUUAUAAGUUCUUCCUGGAUCAUUGUUUUUGUUCUAGUGGUAAUCCUUUUUGGCCUUACCUUACAGCACCCUGUCUGUGGAAACAAGCUUUCAUCCUAUUACUGUGACAAUGUGACUAUUUUAAAACUGACCUGUGCUACUGACACUACAGUGAAUAACAUCUACGGCCUGUUCAUAACUGGAUUUUUUCAUGCUGUUGGUAUUUUUUCCAUUGUGUUCACCUAUGCUUGGAUUUUGAUAACAUGCUGUAAGAGCACUGACUCUGAGUCGAAGUCAAAGGCCUGGCAUACCUGUGGCACCCACCUGACUGUCUUUGUUAUUUAUGAGAUUUCAAGCAGUGCUGUUGUGCUGGUUCAUAGGUUUCCUAACACACCCCCUGCUCUGCGAAAAAUCAUGGCAUUGGCAUAUGUGAUUAUCCCUAACUGUAUAAAUCCAGUUAUUUAUGGACUCAAAACAAAGGAUGUUAAAUCUAAGGUGAAAAUUUUCAGGAACAAAAUUUUCAGCUUAAAUGACCAAAAGCUGUCUAAAAUUGAACGCUUGAAGACAAUUUCUUCAGUCUGA